GCUGUGUCUCUAUAUAUAAACCCCUCUUGCUGUCUCAACCCCACCACACAGCCGGCUGCAUCAGCAGCAAGACUAUCACACUCCACUGGGGAGCAGAAAGACCUCCGACGGGCACCGUUUCGGAGUAGCCAGAAGACCAGAUCGAGGGGGGAAAGAGGAGGCGAGCAAGUGAGUUGCCGACUUCGACCAUGGCCCUGCCUGCUGCAGACCAAGCUGAAGAACUGCGCCUCUACCAGCAAACCCUGCUUCAAGAUGGGCUCAAGGAUAUGCUGGACCACAACAAAUUCCUCGACUGUGUCUUGAAAGUGAAAGGGAAGGAAUUCCCAUGCCACCGCCUAGUGCUGGCAGCCUGCAGCCCCUAUUUCCGGGCUAUGUUUCUCUCAGACAUGGAAGAAAGCAAGAAAAGAGAGAUCAGCUUGGAGGAUGUGGACCCAGAAGUCAUGGGCAAGAUUCUCCACUACAUCUACACCUCGGAGCUGGAGAUCACAGAGCAGAACGUCCAGGACAUUUUCUCGGUGGCCAACAUGUUCCAGAUCCCAUCCAUUUUCACGGUCUGCGUCUCCUUCCUUCAGAAGAGGCUUUGCCUCAGCAACUGCCUGGCCAUUUUCAGGCUGGGACUCAUGUUGGACUGUGCCCGAUUAGCGGUGGCUGCGAGAGAUUUCAUCUGCGACCGCUUCAUCUUGAUCUCCCGGGAUGAGGAGUUCUGCCAGCUCUCUCCCGACGAGCUGAUCGCCAUCAUCUCCAGCGAUUCCCUUAAUAUUGAGAAGGAAGAGUCCAUCUUUGAUGUGGUGAUGAAGUGGGCCAUGGCCAAAGACCGUGAGAGCCGGGCCAAGGCCCUGCCGGUGGUCUUCGAGAGCAUCCGUUUCCGCCUCAUGGACAAGGAUUACCUCAGGGACCAUGUGGAGAAACAUGCCUUGGUCAAGUGCAGCCCAGAGCUCCUCAAGAAGAUCCAGAUGGUGAAGGAUGCCCACGAGGGGAAGUUCACAGUGGUGAAAAAGACGAGAGGGAAGAAAAAGGAUGAGCCGAAGUCAGGGGACAGUGUCAUAAAUGGAGUGGUAGAGGAAGGAAGUGAGAAAGAGGAAGAGGAUGUCCUCCCGGGGAUCUUAAAUGACACAAUGCGCUUUGGGAUGUUCCUUCAAGAUCUCAUUUUCAUGAUCAGUGACUCAGGGGCAGUAGCCUAUGAUCCAGGUGCCAACGAGUGCUACUUUGCUUCCCUUUCUGCUCAGAUCCCAAAGAACCACGUCAGUCUGGUUACUCGGGAGAACCAGGUCUUCAUAGCAGGUGGACUUUACUAUAAUGAGGAUGAUAAAGAGGAUCCCAUCAACUCCUAUUUCUUGCAGUAUGACCACCUGGAUGCAGACUGGUUGGGGAUGCCUCCCCUCCCCUCCCCACGCUGCCUGUUCGGUAUGGGCGAGGCAGAAAACUCCAUCUUCGUGGUGGGAGGGAAAGAGCUGAAAGAAGGAGAGCAAACCUUGGACUCCGUCAUGUGCUACGAUCGACUGUCAUUUAAAUGGGGCGAAGCAGACCCUCUCCCUUAUGAGGUCUACGGCCAUGGCGUGGUGUCCCACAACGACCUCAUCUAUGUCAUAGGAGGCAAAGGAAAUGAUAAGAAGUGCUUGAACACACUGAUCGUCUACAACCCAAAGAAGUUUGAAUGGAAAGAGCUGGCACCCAUGAAGACCGCCCGUUCACUCUUUGGGACAACAGUCCACAAGGACAAAAUUUACGUGGCGGCAGGAGUGACCGAUGCUGGCCUGACGAGCUCGAUGGAAGUUUAUGACAUUGCAGCUGAUAAAUGGGACGCCUUCACAGAAUUCCCCCAGGAACGCAGCUCUGGCAGCCUGGUCAGUUUAGCUGGCACCCUCUAUCUGAUUGGAGGUUUUGCUACUGUAGAGACGGAGUCAGGUGAUCUGGUGCCAACAGAGCUCAAUGACGUUUGGAGGUAUGAUGAGGAAGGAAAAAAGUGGGAUGGUGUCCUCCGAGAGAUCCAGUACGCCUCAGGAGCCACUUUUCUGCCUGUGAGGCUCAACGUUCUGCGACUAACCAAGAUGUGAACCUGCCAAGGUGUCAUUUUGGACUCCUUGCUGUUGAACUCUCUCCCAGUUUCCUGCCCCCAACCCAUUCCUUUCUUUUCUAAGUCUGAAUUUAAUGAUUCAAUGUUGCAGUGCCAUUUUUGUUAGAUAAAAACAACAACAAAAAGAUGCUAUA